CUUCACUUGACAAUGAUUGUUCUUCAUCUGCUUCAAGUGCUUAUAUCAGCUGUUUCCUUUGCGGCUACAGUCGGAACAUUAUGUGGGUCGCUUCUGCUCGUUGGAUGUUCCAAAAAGAAGAAUACCAACGCUACUCUUCCUACGUAUGUAUUAGAAGUGAAAGAUUGGAAGGAAAAGAAAGAUCCAAAAGAAAGGAAGGAUCCAACAAGGAGUAAAGAAGAUAUUCUGAAAUUACCUCCACCACCAAAACCUGCCAAACCUACAGUUCCGCCAACGACUCCAGCCAAAGGCGCAGCUUCUCCACUAGACGGCAGCACUCCAGGAAAAAUUCCAUCAGCCCCUAAUAUGGAUGAGAAGAAUAGCCCUAGAAACCCCGGUAAAAGACAAAAGGGCAAGAAGAAGACCAAACUUGCAUGGGACACGACGGAGAAUCUUAAACCACCGUCAUCAAUGCAAAGUGUUAAGAAGAAAAAGUCAAAAAAACAGCUCGGAGACCAAACGGUUAUGCGACGGGAUGUUCCAAAAUCAUUGGAAAGUGGGGAACAUGACGACUUGGAAAGUGCGAAGGUCAUGGAGGUUCCUACCGAUGAAUUGCUUCAGUCGGGUAAGGACCGCAAAGGAUCAAAGAAAGGAACUACAACGACUGGAGGAGAUUCUUUUCUUGAUAAACCACCUCCAUCUCUGCAGAGCAAAAUGGGUGAAUUCGACAAGAAAUUUAAACCUGGCGAAUUUGUUGUCAAGGCCGUACCAGAAGAAAUCAACUACAGCAAUGUCAAAUACAAUGUCGAGCAGCAGGCAUCCGUUGAAUUGAUCAAUGAAAGUGAUGUUCCAGCUGCAAUCAAAAUCAAAAGUACCGAUGCAAAUAUAUACCGAGUGAUACCCGUCUUCCGAACAAUAGAGCCAGGAGGGAAAUCACUUGUGCAAAUAAUAAGAAUGCCUUCUGCACCCAAAUCUGACCUAAUCGAAGUUGUUGCUGCACCGAUGACUGAAGGGCCAUUGCCUGAUGGAGGAAUUCCUGCCAUCUUUAAGAUUGUUGACGUGAAGGAUCACAAAAUCAUCAAGAUUCCUGUUCAAUUGAUAUAG